CAGAGUCAGUCACAGGCCCACCUCAAAGUUCGUUUGGCCCUGGGCCACUGCACUUUCGCGUCCCCUCCACUAUGUUUGGAUCUAACUGGGGUACCAAUAACAACAAUCAACAGCAACAGCAGCAGAAUCAAACGUCUGCGUUUGGCCAGCCCUCGACAUUCGGAGGUUCCGCUUUUGGCGGAGGAACAUCCAAUGCGUUCGGCCAGCAGCAGCAGCAGCAGCCUCAGGCCAACCCCAUGUUUGGAAAUCUGACGCCAGCGACGAACAACAACAACAACGCCGGUGGUGGAUUCAGCGCGUUUGCCGGCGGCAACAAUGCACAGAACAACGCGGGGACGUCUGCCUUUGGUGCCCCCAAACAGGGCUUCGGCGCGUUUGGUGGAGGAGGCACGAGUGCAUUUGGUGGGGGAGGAGGCGCGUUCGGCCAGACCCAAGGAACUGCGUUUGGUGGGGCUACAAACAAUUCAUCUGCGUUCGGAACACCCCAGAGCACGUCUCUCUUCGCGAAUAAAACAGGGACGGGAGUGUUCGGCGCCGCGACAGCUGGCACGGAAAAUGUCGCGCCGGUUACGACAGGGUCCUCCAAUCCUCCCUAUGCCGCGUUCUCAGAGAAGGAUCCGGCUUCUGCGAGUGUGACACUCAACUAUCAAUCCAUUUCAUGUAUGCCCGCGUAUCGAGGAACGUCUUUCGAGGAAAUACGAUUCCAAGACUACGCGCAAGGCCGAAAGACUUCAGGCGGAUUCGGGCAGUCGGCUGCAUUUGGCGGUGUCCAGCAGCCAACGAGUAUAUUUGGUCAAACUCAACAGCAGCAGCAACCAGCGCAGCAGGCGUCGAUAUUUGGAGGAGCGACCAACGCGCAACCUACGACGGGAUUCGGUGGUGCUUUCGGAGGGAGCAACGCUCCUUCGACGUCUGUGUUUGGUGGCGGGGGAGGCGCGUUUGGUCAGCCUCAGCAGCAGCAGCAGCAGCAGCAGCAAGCGGCUAGCUCCCCCUUCGGCUCGUUUGGUCAGCCCCAGGCUCAGCAGCAGCAGCAGCAGCCUCAAACGACCGGUGUCUUUGGAGGCGGCGGCGGAGUGUUCGGAGGCACCAACAAUGCGGCAAAACCUGCAUUUGGCACGUUUGGGGGCACAGCGUUUGGCAGCAGCAACUCCACUCCGAAUCCUCUGGGCGGCAACGCGCAACCCACCAAUAGUAUCUUCGGAAACAACGCUAACACACAGCCGACUACUGGUUUUGGGUCGUUUGGGAAUAACAACAACACCAACGCGCCGAAGCCUAGCAUAUUUGGUCAACCUGCUGCACCAGCUACGACAAAUACAUUCGGUGGGAGCGGCGGCUUAUUCGGCAGCACCGCAAACAACCAACAGCCUGCGGCACAACCAACAGCUGGCUUUGGCGGGAUUUUCAGUAACCCGGCGCAGCCGGCUACGACGACUGGCUCCAUCUUUGGUGGUGGUACGACAAAUGCCGCGGCCCCGGCUAACCCGAAUCCAUUAUUCGGCAACGGCGGUGGUAUAUUCGGCAACAACAACAACCAGCAGCAGCAGCAGCAGCAGCAGCAGCAGCAAGGGCAAGCCACGACCGGUAUCUUUGGCAAGCCAGCGGCUCCUCUUUUCCCUGCUCUAGGCGGGAGCACGAACACAAAUCAAGCUGGACCCUCUCUUUUCGGGAACAGUCAAACGAAUGGCCUCUUCGGGAGCACGGCUGCGAAACCAUUGGCGCCAGCACUCACUCAGUCGAACCCCUCAAUGUUCGGCAGUAUGAACAACAACAAUCUGAACGCGUCCAGUGGUAUGCUCACCGCCUCGAUUGCCGAGCCAAUAUCUGCGGACCUGUUUGCUAUGCUGCCGACUGGACCGGGACCGUACGCGUUGGAGCUUCCACCGAAAAAGCGAAUGCCGAUGUUCAUCGCACCUCCUCCGCCAUCUCUGGAGCAACUGCGCAGCCGGACACCCGCGAGCUCGAAGCUGCGCGGAUUCGGCGCGUCCAGGAGUUCGGCGAUCCGGCCUACGCUCGCAAAUCCCUUCAACUUCACCACCAGUGCUGUCCCGGGAGCCCUCUCGCUGAGCCGCACGUUGCAAUCCCCCGAUGCGCUGGGGCGGAGUGCGAGCCCGGCGCUGGGCAGCGGGUCGCGCAGCGGUGUGAAGAAGCUGAUUCUGGACAAGAAGGUCGACGCGAACGAACUGACGGCUGGGUCGCCCGGCCGAGGCAAGAUCGUGUUUAGUCCCGCGCUGGGGAUCGCGAUGCGCGAGAAGGAGACUGCGCGGACGCAGGCGCACUCGCCGGGCCAAGACUCGCCGACGCCCGCUGCCCGAACGACUGCCGGCGGCGGUACUCGGUUCACGGCAGCCGCGCCGCCGCCCGCCGCAGAGGAUGGUGACCGGUACGACGAGAUUGAGCCGCUGGAGGGCGAGUACUGGUCCCGGCCGGAUAUGUCGGUCCUGCGGCUGGCCAGCCACGGGGAGCUGACGUCGUACAAAGGCCUGACGGUCGGCCGCGCGGGUUACGGCGAGGUGACGUUCCUCAAGCCGGUUGAUCUGACCGGGAUCAAGAAGCUGGACGAGCUGUUUGGGCUGGUCAUCCAAUUCGACGACAAGGAGUGUGCCGUCUAUCCCGAUAUCCCAGAGGUGGAGAAGCCGCCUGUCGGCUCCGGGCUCAAUGUGCCUGCCAGAAUACGACUGCUGAACUGCUGGGCUGUAGAUAAAGCCACCCGGGAGCCGAUCAAGGAUCCAUCGCAUCCCGCUGCCAUCCGAACCCUCAAGCGACUAAAACACAUGAAAGCCACGCACUUUGAGAACUUCGAUUACGAGACGGGCGAGUGGACGUUCACGGUGGAAUGGUUCUGACCCGCACCAUCCAGCUUGUGCCAUAUAUGCUAUCGGUAGUUUCGUUUUGGGUAGUCAUUAGCAUUGUUUGUAUUCAUCUCAGUGUCCGUGAAAUAUGAUUCCCAGUGGUCGUUGCAAGCUUCUCGGAUUCCGACACGCCAAGGCUCUGAGGAACUCACAGAAGGUUCCGACGAUCUUACACACUGGCGAGAUGGAUGGCCGGAGAAAUAGAUAGUGUUUACUUGGACUCACCGGUCGAGAAGAUCAAGACAGCGUAUUUAUAGUGGUUUCGCGAUUUUCAGCCUCACGCGACUGCCGCAGAACGCCAUUAUCUAUCUUGUGCGGAUGGGUGAGCCAUAAGUGGUGAGAAUGACAGCGCGGGUGGCUGAUGUCGAUUUCGACCUGACAGCAG